CAAAGACCUGGAUCCCCUGUGCCGCCUUCCUCUGCUGCAUCAUUCGCAAUCGCAGGUGACCCACUCGUCGCCACCAAGCUAGCUUGCUCGAGCCUUUCCGAGAGGCGCAUGUGACUCGCAGCGAGGCUCUGAGCUCCUUUGCUCUGAGCUCUCCUGGUGUCCGUGUCGUUUGAUGCUGAGCUGAGAGACAGCAGACAGGUGAGGUGAGGAGGGAGGGAUGGAGUUCAAGAACGGCGGGUCGUCGUCGCAGCGCCGGCCGGCGGUGGAGGAGGGGGCGCCCCUGGCGAGGCAGGGGUCGGUCUACUCGCUGACGUUCGACGAGUUCCAGAGCGCGCUCGGCGGGGCCGCCGGCGGCGGUGGCGGCGGCAUCGGGAGGGACUUUGGCUCGAUGAACAUGGACGAGCUGCUCCGGAACAUCUGGAACGCGGAGGAGACCCAAGCCAUGGCCUCCGCCUCCGGCGCGGGGGCGCAGCCGGCGCCGCUGCAGCGCCAGGGCUCGUCGCUCACGCUUCCCCGCACGCUCAGCUCCAAGACGGUCGACGAGGUGUGGCGCAACCUCGUGCGCGACGAGCCACCGCAGGGGGUGGACGGCGGCGGGCAGCAGCAGGCCCACCGCCAGUCCACGCUCGGCGAGAUGACUCUGGAGGAGUUCUUGGUCAGGGCCGGCGUGGUCAGGGAGAACCCCGCGCCCGCCGCCGCCCCAGCGCCACCGCCCAUGCUGCCGCCGCGGCCGGUCCCUGUUGCCCCCAAAAGUACCGCCUUUCUUGGGAAUUUCCCGGGUGCCGAUGACGCCGCCGCCGCGGUAGCGCUGGGGUUCGCGCCGAUCGGCAUGGGGGAUCCGGCCCUGGGCAAUGGGCUGAUGCCGCCCAGGGCGGCUGGCAUGGGAGGCAGCGCCAUGGCCGUGCAAACAGCGGUGAACCAGCUUGAUUCUGGCGGGAAGGGGUACAGCGACCUGUUGUCGCCAACGGAGCCUCUGCCGUAUUCCUUUGAGGGGAUGAUUCGGGGGAGAAGGAAUGGCGGCGGAGUGGAGAAAGUGGUGGAGAGGAGGCAUAGGAGGAUGAUCAAGAACAGGGAAUCGGCAGCGAGGUCCCGAGCGCGCAAACAGGCUUAUACAAUGGAGUUGGAAGCAGAGGUUCAGAAACUCAAGGAGCUGAAUCAGGAACUGGAAAGGAAACAGGCAGAGAUUAUGGAAAUGCAGAAGAACGAGCUACCAGAGAUGUUGAAGGAUCCAUUCAGACGGAAGAAACGGGUGUGCUUGCGAAGAACACUGACUGGCCCCUGGUGAUGGCUGUCUCGAACAGUAGAUGACCUGCUACAUACCUGCACUGGUUCUUGUGAUCUGUAUAUAAUUCCCCUCCGAAUAGACUAGCGAUGAACGUAGUCAGAAUCGAUUGUACUGCUAGCUCCCUUCUGCCGCUUUCGUAGUGCGCAGUACUGUGGCGGUGGCAUCGCAAACUGACAUGUAGAUUGUGUAAACCAAGUUGGAGUGAAGCCGGCAGUAGGAACCGGCUCUAGCCGUCCUCUAGAGCUUGUGUAGAGUUGUUGCCUAGGUUUGCGUCUUGCCGGCUCAUCGUAUAGAGAUUGGAUGGUUUCAGAAGAUCGAUGUAAGUAGAUUAAUGGGAUCCAACUAGGGAGAGCAUGGGGCCGGCUUGAUGAUUACCUGUGUAUCUGAUGGAUUAAGUAUGGAAAUAUCUGUUACUGUUUGUGUGUGAUGAAAAAAUCGCUCGGCGUU